AUGAAUAGUGUUUCGCCCGAUGAGCCUCUAGAGGCCCCUGUGGAAUCGUACAAACCGUCCCUGCAUGUGGACGUAAAUGCAGAACCUUUAGACGAAAAUGGUAACAGCACUGGUACAACUCCGAAAGCAUCAUUAACACCGCAUGUUCCCACGAAUAUCUUCGUUGCCGGGGUUCCGCCUUCGUGGGAUGAGAGUGACUUGCGUCGAAAGUUCCAGGAGUUUGGUGAAAUUAUUUCAACGAAGAUUGUGCGAAGAAGACAUUUUGCUUUCGUUAUGUUUCGAAGACCAGAAUCGGCGCAUGCCGCAAUUAAUGCAACACAUUUAACCCAUCCUACACCUAACAGCCCUGUUCUACUGCAUGUUUCCAUCGCAAUGCACGACGAAGGUGUAGAUGAUAUACCUAAUGAUCGUAUAUUCAUUCGAGGACUUCCACAAUGGACUACUAAAGAACAUAUUAAGCAGUGCUUUUCGCGCUUUGGCACUAUUGUAGAUGCUGCAGUGCUUAUGAAUCCUUUAGGACAAUGCAAAGGCUCUGGCUUUGUGCAAUUCUCAUCAAUUGAUGAAGCAAGUGCUGCUAUUGAAGCAAGAAAAAGUAUCCGUAUUGAAAAUUGGGAUACAGAAUUGGAAGUAAAAUAUUCUGAGACGGCUGAAGUUAGGCAGCAACGUCAAGAACGUAAUAAAAACCGACAACGACAUUCACCUAAAUACCGACAACAUCCUUCACCUUUUCCACUUUAUUCCCCGCCAGUUCCUGUGGUACCAUCAAUGCCUGCAUACCCAAUGCUUGGAAUGCCCGCUCCUUUUCCUUUGUUUUAUUCACAACCUACAAUUGCAACUACAGCAUCAACUUCACCUCAUAUUAUAUAUUCCCCAAUGGUGACUUCCCCUGCGUUGCCCGUUUACACACCCCAACAAGCAGUUUUUGAACCGAAACCAAGUCUAUUUCCCUGCAGUGGUGAUUUACAUUUAUCUGGAGUAGCACUGACAGAAUCUACAUUGCUUGCACUUCUGCAGCGCUAUGGAACAGUGGAGGCGAAGGAUAUUCUUAACGAUAGCGGUGCCGCCGUGCGUAUGACAGACCGUGGAGUUCAUACUCUUAUAGCUCAACAACUCAACGGAGCUGUGUUCCCCAAUGGGCAAGUUAUGACUGUUGGCCUUUAUUCAUGA